AUAUCAUAUUUUUAACUUUCUGUUAACCGUACUUGCAUCAUGUUUUUAUGUUAGUUUGGGUCAUAAAACAUUUAAUAUGAAUUAAAAGUAUGGUAUUGUUCAGACUUUAAUUACCAAUAAAUCCAAAUGUUUUUAUAGUAACUGCUUUUGUUAAAGAAAAAUGAUCAUGGGUUGUAUGAUUAUUAAAUCAGUUAUAAAAUAAUCUGUUUUUCUUAAUAGGUUUAGUGGCACAAAAGUAAUAUUCCAAAGAAAAAUAGGAGUGAAAUAUAUCAAUGAUUCUGAAUUAAUAAUAUUGAUGUAUAAAUCUUUGGUGUAUUAUAGCAAGUUGAGUAUUAAAUAUGAGCAUUGGUUAUUUUAUAGUUAGAGAAAUAUAAGAUAAUUGAUUAGUGUAUAGUUAGAGAAAUAUAUAAAGUGAGGCCAAAAAAAUAGCUAAGUUUAAUGAAUAGGUCCAAUAACUUUUUAUAAGUAGAUUUUUUGGAACUCCUUCUUUUUUAAUAGUAUAGAUAUAAGGACGUCAGUGAUCAAUACCAACACCAACUUUGCUACAUGUCUUACUCUGAAGUUAUAUAUUAAGGAGAAUCUUGAUGGCCCGUUUGGAAUCUAGCUUCGAAAUAUAUAGUUAUUAAGCUUUGUAUAAUGCAACAAGCUCACAUGAGACGACCUCAUAACUUGGUAGCCAGACAAAAUAAAGAUGAUGACAGAAUCCUUAAUUUACAUUUGAUGACAUUGUCUCUUUCGGAUUUUAUAACGUUGUAUUACGCGAAAUUGAUCUUGCUUCACGUGGUACGAUUGUACGUGUAGGAUUAUAGUCGCUCCGACCGCUUAAGAACGACCAACACUUGGCGUUAUGAGAUAUCCUGAAAGGAGUAAUUCUAUUUCACGUGUCAAUAUGUAGCUUCUUAGGGAAACAAUCUCACGGCGUCCAACUGUAUUUUAAAGAAUAUGAUAGUCAAUUAAAUACCUAUAUGUAGGAUAUUUUGAAUUAGUUUGUCUUAUUUGACUGGUAUAUAAUUAAAUAGUAAACUAAUGAAAUGGCUAGAUGAAAAAUUAAGUUUUAAAGGAAAAUAAAAUAUUUAAACUAAUAUAUAUAUAUAUAUAUAUAUAUAUAUAUAUAUAACAUAACUAUAAAACAGCUGAAUAAAUAAACGUAAUUUAGCUGUAAAACUAAAACAUGAAAUAAAUUUUAAACUAUAACUUUUCAAAUUUUAUUGUUCUACAUAUUUUUAUAUCAUACUCAUUCCGUUGUAAAAUAAUUCAUGUUUUAGAAAAAUACUUCAAAAAAUAUUUUUACAGUUUAAUGUACCUUUUAGUAAUAGUGGUAAACUGUAAAAUUUUUUUUUAAAAAUAUUAUUUUAUUAAAUUUUAUUGAUUGAAAAUUGUGAAAAUAAUUAAUAAAAAAUAAUAUAUUUAUAAUCAAAAUGUAACAUGUUUUAUCAAUAUGUAUAAAAUCUCUAAAAUAUAUUUCAAAAUGAGUAAAUGGUAUAAAGGUAAACGUAAAUUAUGAAAACUAAAUACUAUUCAUUAUCUUUAAACAUGUAUGAUUAAGCUUGUUUAUGUGUCAAUGAUGUUUUUACUUAAUUCUAUUUUUUUGAGAAUGGAUAAUUUGAUUGUAUACGGUGUUUAUUUAUCAAGUUAUCAAAUUCAUUAUGCUUACGCGUGGACAAAUUUUAUUCUCUCUCCCUAAUAUGAUAUAGGAAAAUGGUUUGAAGACAAAAAUUAUAUUUAAAGAAACUUGAAACUUAUCUGAAUGAGGGGGCAGUUGUCACCAGGAAGUGUACAGUUCCAACAUUUUCAUUUCUGCAUAGAUUGCAAUGCAGUGAAUACAAUCAACAUUCCACAAGUGAUCCUAUGCAACAAUGGAAUAUCAUUUAGCAUUCUACAAGUGAUCCUAUGCAACAAUAGAACACACAACUGAAUUAUUCAUAUAUUCUAUCUAAAAUAUUAUUGAAAAUUAGAGAUUUUUUUUUUGACUAAAAGAUUUAUUUAUUUAUUUUUUAAUACGAACUUUUACACAAAUAUGAGGGGAGUAAGUCAAAAUAAAUAUACGACCAGUUAGAAUAAAUUCAAUACACUUGUUUCUGAACCUAUGGAGUAAACACAAUUUUUAAUUAUUAUUUUACCGACGGAAAACAAUAGUUCUCCUUUAGAUAUAUUGAUUAGUGAUUGUGAGGUUUUAAAUUAACGCAUUUCAUGUAAUCUAAUUAUAUGGUACUGGGGACAUCAGUAUUUAUUUUGAAGUAUGUGUUUCAAUCAAUUGUACAUAUAUAGUGUUCCGAAAAAGAAAAUCUCUCGUCUACAUGAAAAAAUUGCAAUUGGUCAAAAUGAUUGAUAAAAACAUGAAAAUAAGUUGUUCUUACAUAUAUAGUGUUUUGAGAAAGAAAAUCUCUUGUCCACAUGGGAAAAUUGCAAUUGGUCAUAAUGAUUAAUAAAAAACAUGAAAAUAAGUCAUUCUUAAUUAUGAAAAUGGGAGAUGACCGAUCUGAAGAGGGAUUUCAAUUCCAGUAUUGCAAAAGAUCAAUCAGUUAUCUUGAUUAUUUGGAGAUCACGAUAAACAAAUGUUUAUUUGUUAUUCACUUAUUUGUAGCAUUUAAUGCAAACAAUUUUUGGAUUGAUUAAAUUUAUAUUCAAUUAUUAUAUACAUAUAUAUGGAGAGAUAAAUUAAAUUUGGAACCUAAUAAGUUUUAGUAUACGGUAUAUAUUUAUUUUAGCAGAUACUUUAAAUUUGUCAAGUUUCAAUGUUUUAACAUAUUUAGUGGUUGACAAAAGAAAAAAAAACAAAAGCAAUGAACUGCUGAUGUAGAAGUAGCGAUUAUUGCUGCAUAAUUUGGUGUGCCACACCAUAACUAAAUGUACUAGCAAAUAUAUGGUCUUCAACAUGCAUAGUAAUGUUACUCGGACAUGUUGUUUAGUCAUUUGUCUACUAUAAUCUCCAACAUUUUACCUUCUUAAGUUCUCAACUCGUAUAAUAUAGUUAGAACUCGUGUUAUAUAGGCGAGAUAACUCAUAACAGUGAUAUUAUACUAACUAUUUUCCCUUUUGUCAACAGUAUACAAGCUAUUUAAAAUCCAAAUUCUAAAGUUAUUUUCACAGUUUGUUAAUAACAAACAUUUUGAACAACUCAAGCUAUCGAGUGAUUAUCAUAUGCAACCCUAGUAAAGAUGUAAUUUAUGGAAUACUCUUAUGCUAAUUUGAUAUACAUAUAUUCGCCAAGUUUACUUGAAUUUGUUCAAAGAUUAAGUUUACUUAAAUUUGAUCAUAGCUUGAUGAAACAGAGAAAUCGACUACUGCAAAUAUCUUUUUACUAAUGUAAAAAUGCAAGUGCAUUAUCUAAAAAAGAAAAAAAUUAUGACGAAACUUAACUGCAACAAAGAACCCAGCUAUUUCUGAAUCUUUGGCUUUAGGAUUCUUAGUCUUAAAAAUAGACUUAUAAGUUAUAAAUUAAUCUUUUUUAAUAACUAUCCUGAAUCAAAUUUUUUUUUGAGGAAACCUUGAAUGGUCUUCAGAGAUCAAGAAACAUGAAGUUACUAUUACGAAAAAGAAAAAAACUAAAGAACAAAAAAAAAUAAGUUUGUUGGAUUAAAAUAUAUUUUCUCAUUUUCAUAUAAUGUAUAUAUGUACAUAUAAACCAAAACUAAAUAAAUAUUGUACAAUUAACUAAAUUAAGCCAACAAAAAUAAUCCGACUUAACAUUUACACCCAAAAAGAAACACAAUGUGAAAACUUAAUCAAAUCCAAUGUACUUUAAUAGUUACAAUACUACUUAGAUUUUUAAACCUAUUUAGAAAGUAUUGAGACAAUGGAAGGUGUUUUUAUAAUUUUGUAGAAUUUCUUAACCCAAGUUGUUUUACUCAAUACACUCAAUUUCUGAUUUCUAUAAGAAAAUGUAUAAAACUUCUUCUUGAUUUGCACAUAAGCAAAUGGUAACUAAUAAAUCAAUAUACCAAAAAUAAAAUUAAAAUAAUUUCUACAUAGUUUCUGUAUACUCUUUUUCAAAUUUUAAAUAUUCAAAUUCAAAAAAUAUUUAUCAAUGAUAUUCUUUUUCUGACAAAAUUAGAAUUUUAAUUAAUUUGAAAACACAAAGUUGAAACAAAAAUACAGAAUAACCAAAACAUACAGAAACAAAUGACAAACUUCUGGGAAACAAAUUAUUACAUAAAGCAAAAUAUAUGUACCAUAUGUUGAGUAUGAUUUAUGAAUAAUUUAUUUAGCGAUAUUUUAUAUAUACAAUAUGAAAUCUCAUUUUUUGCAUCCAUAUAAAAAAUAUUGGGUUGAAAAAAAUCAUCGACAAGCAGUGCAUGGUAUGUUCUACACAGUCUAUAUAGCAAUUUAAAACUUUAUAGUUGUAAUCAGAAACAUUAUAUGUCAUUGCCGGGUUUGAAGUUAAAUCAGCCACGAUAUAUUUUCAUGUUGGCAUUAAAUUGAAUGAAAAUGGUUAAAAUACUUAUUUAUUUAGUGUCUCUCCAAUGACAAAAAGUAAAAUAUAUAUCCCUUUAAAGAAACAACACACACAUGAGUUGAUACAAGGACAUCUAACAACGCAUGGCUGCUGUGAAAGCCAUAAAUAUGGGCAAGACAAAGGUUUACCAUAUUCCAUGUUUCUUUUUGAAUAUUUGGUAGUUUUGGCCGAAGUGCAUAAUCUCUUCAAAACCUAAACUACAAAAUGUAAUAUUACUUUUGAAAAAUAGAUAUAUAUGUUAGUUUUGAAUGGUUCCCAACAAAACUCAAGACCAGCACUGGUCUUCUUUUUUUCAGUUUUUACCGAUUAAAUUUUUUCCUAAUCACAAAAAUCUAAUUGCAUGUAUACAAAAAGAUUGUGCAUAACAAGUUUAACACAUAAGUUAAAAAAGGUAAAACUAAAUGAAAAUUUUGAUUUAUGUUAUUUAAGUAAUAAAAAGCGUGAGAACAUAGAAACUACAAUAUUGUGCUAAUUUUUUUUUUAACAGAAAAAAAAAUUAAUGAAAAAAUAUUUCAAACCUAAAAAAAAUUGGAUAUACUUCUGAAAAGUCUGAAGAUGAUUUGCCUUCUCAAAAAAAAAAAACUUUGAAGAUGAUUUGGAGAAUUAACCUAGUGAUCCUAGAGAUAGGUAAAUGAUAAAUGAAUAUUCUUCAAAUCAAAGAGACGACGUAAAAUGCAAAUAUCUUAUGAGUGGUCCUUGUCAACCUCGUGGUUAUGAAUUUCACAAAACAUUGUUUCAAAGUAAUUUGAGACUAUUCAAUCCUUCUUGGUUUGAUCUCUAUGGCGAUUGGUUACAAUAUAGUGUGGAAAGGAUAAAGUGUUUUGUUUGUUCUGCUACUUAUUUAGAGAUUACACUAAAAACAAAUGUGGAAGUGAUGCAUUUGUGAUCAAUGACUUUGAUGACAAGAACAAGACAUAGAAAGUAUGUGAUCAUGUAGGAACAAUGAAUAGUUUUCACAAUAGUGCAUUGAAAAUGGCUGAUUUUCUAAUGAAACCAAGACAAUCAAUUGUUUAUGAUUUUUAUAAGCAAAAUGACUCGGUUAAAAAUGAAUACAAGUCAGAUUGAAUGCUUCAAUUGAUGCUUCUAGGUAUUUUUAAGACAAGGACUCUCGUUUUGAGGUCAUGAUGAAUCGAGGGAUUCAGUUACCAAGGGAAACUUUUUGGAGCUUGUGAAAUAUAUUACAGAGUAAAAUGAGAUUGUAAGUAAAGUUGUGUUAGAGAAUGUCUCCCAAAAAAACUAGAUGGUGUCCCAUAAAAAUCAAACAUAUAUUGUUCAUUGAUUUGCGGAAGAAUUUAUUGAAUCUAUUAUUGAAGGAGUUGGUCAUGAUGUAUUUUGCUUGUUGGUGGAUGAAUCUUCACAUGUUUUAGAUAAAGAGCAAAUGACAGUGGUUUAGACCAUAUGCAGAUAACGAAGAACCAUAAGAUCUUCACUUUGUUGAUACACAAAAGAUAGUUAAAGAAAUGUUUGUUGGCCUGAUUCAUGUGAAAGAAACAUCUUCUUUAUUUUUGAAGAGUGUUGUUGAUUCACUGUUUGCUAAACAUGGAUUGAGGAUGAAAAAGUUAAGAGGACAAUGUUACGAUGAAGCGAGUAAUAUCAAUGAUGAUUCAAUGGGUUGAGAGCUCUAAUUUUGAGAGAAUACAGUUCUGCAUGUUAUGUCCAUUGUUUUGCUCAUCUAGCUCAAUUAGUUGUCGUUGCAGUUGCUCAGAAGAAUUUUAAAGUUGAAGAUUUCUUUGAUAAGAUUGAUGUCUUGUUGAUUGUGGUUGGAGCUUCUUGUAAGAGGAAAUAUAUGGUCCGAGAAGACUAAUGGAAUGAGACUGAACCAAUAGAUUUUGUUUCAAAGAUCCAGUAAAACUCGUUGAGUUUCAGACUAGAAAACAUUGAUGCGAUUGGUUGAUCUGUUCACUUGUAUCAUUAAAGUGCUUGAGUAUGUUGAAAUCGAUGGAAGUGAUGGUAUCGAAAGACGCCAAGCUAAUGGUCUUCUCAAAUACUUCAACUCCUUUGAUUUGUGUUAUACUUACAAUUAAUGUUGCUUCUUUUUGGGAUUAAAAUAACUUGGCAAAGGCUCUUCAAAGGAAAAAUCAUGACAUUCUGAAUGCUACGUCGCUUGUAAAAUCCACCAAGCAACAAUUGUACAACAUCAGAGAUGACAUAUGCGGAUCUCUGAUCAAUAAAGUUUCUUUCUUUUGUGAGAACUAUUAGAUUGAGUUCCUGGUUAUGGAUGAUGAAUUUGAUUCAAAGAAUUCAAGAAAAAGAAAGAAAAAGAAGCAGUAUAACCAACUUGCAUCAUUACAAGGUUGAAUGUUUUUACACUGUAUUGGAUAUGCAAGAGUUUAAUGACGGAUUUGAUGAUGUAAACUCAUAACUACUUGGCUGCAUUGCUUCCUUGAGCCCCACUAAUUCAUUUUAAGAGUUUGAUCAGUCAAAAGUUUUGAGAUUGUCUGAGUUUUAUCCUGAAAAUUUUGGUCCUAUCGAGUGGAGUACUCCUGAGCAUCAACUAGGUCUCUAUAUUUCGGGAAGAUGAUUUUUUUUUCUAAUUUGAAAGAUCUUCGAGAUCUUGCAUGCAUGAAGGUGAAGACAAAGAAACAUCUUUUGAUCCUUAGGUUUAUCGGCUUUUGAGGCUAGUUUUGACUUUACCUAUUGCCAACGUUACAGUUGAAACAUGUUUUUCAGCGAUGCAGAUUGUAUAUACUCGCUUGCAGAAUUGGAUAAUUGAUAAGUUAUUUAAUGAUUGUGUUGUUUGUUUUGUUGAAAAAGAUUUGUUUGAGAAAAUAACAAAUGAAGUAGUUGUGAAAAGAAUCAAACAUAUGGAACCUUGUAGGAUAAAUUUAGAAAGUAUUUUUUAGUUAUGAAACUUUUUUUUUAUCUAAUUGAGUUAGUUAUUAGGGGAUUUUGUGCUUCUGAUUAAUAAUUAUUCUAGAUUCGUAACUGUAUAUGGUAAAUAUACAUAUAACAGAUAUAAUCUUGAUUCUGAUAAAUCAUUCUCAGUGGAUGAUGCUUGAUUUGAGAUUAUUGUAUAUGUACAUGAUAUCCCUUUCCCAAACCCAUAAUCCAACUAGAUAUUCUUGGAUAAUCACAUCGUGUCUCUCUACAUGACGAACAAAUAUAAUAAAUUUGACCUCUAUUUUAUCCUACCAAGAUACUUCUAGUCGAUACAAAGCUAGUAAAUACAUAACAUUUAAAAUUCUAUUCCAAACACCAACUUAUACAUGCGUUUUCUUCUACAAAAGAUUUAUUUUUCAUGAUUAAAUACACGAUAAUAUUUUCCAUAAAGAAAUCGAUUAAAACAUUCUCUUAUAUAUAUAUUAUUUGAGAAGCAUUUUAACAUGUGAGCCAUGUUAAUAUGUCAUCACUAGAAUGAUACUUAAAGUCAUUGACUUAUUAUAGAAAUAGAUUUUAGUUACUAAAAUAUUACAAUACUUGUCAUUCAUUAUUCAGUUCACCUAAACAUAUAUUAUGUUUCUUAUUAAAAUAACCAUAAAAUUAAUUAACAAUGUACAAAAAAAUCUUUCUUUUUAUUUCCUUAAAUAGAAGUUAAAAAUUACCUAAUGUGAUUUAAAAUGUAUAUGACAACUAAUGAUAUUGAAUAAUACAUAUUUGAUAACAAUUUGUAUAUUAUCUAUCAUUUUGUUUCAUUUUAUAAAAAUAAAUUAAACAAUCACAUUUAUUCUAUAAUAAAUUUUAAUUUUUUGUUUAUGUUAUAUUUUUGAAUUUUUAUAAACGAAUAUAAGUUACUAAAGCUAUUAAAAGUCUCACUUUUUAAACGGUGUGAUCAAUGGUUUAAAACUUUUAUUAUAAAAAGAUAUAAAUUAUCAUAAAAUCAUAUGAGUAAAAAUUCUCAUAAGUAGAUAUCCAAACUAAAAAAAAAAAGAAUACCAACACAGUUUCGACAAAUUAGCAAAAUACCAAAUUCUUUGAACACUAUAACAAAUCAAAUAUGACUCUGAUAAUCCUACAUCCUAAGCCUGUUGACAUACGACAAAGAGUAGACAAAAUAUUUUAGGUAUAUUCACUAAGAUAUCAUAUACUGUCAUUAUAUGCAUUCUUUACUUAAAUUUGCUUUAUGUCAUGUGCUAAAUUUAAUUAUUUUGAUGUUUUUGAACCAAAGUUUUUCAAAAUCUAAAAUAUUAAUCUUUCUUCCUCUCUCACCCUAAAUAUUCCUUCUUUCAGAUUAACUCACUAGAGAAAGAACUCUAAGAAUUGCGGUAGACAAUUCCAGAAAAUGCUGAACGAUAAUCCAAAAUGAAUAUCAUGCAUUGUUCCCGAGAGGGUUUUUGCAGUGGGAGAAAAAUCAGUUGGGAUCAGAGUGACAUCGUAUCACAAACCCUUAUAUAUCAGACAAAUUCUCAACACUCUCAAAGCCAACAAAUUUGAGCUUAUUCGUAUUUCUCUGUUGGGAAAAUUGGUGAAGAAAGCCGAUAAACCUUCUUUCGACAGCUGAAAUUCUUGAAGAAGCACAAGGUGUGGUUCCUUUUCGCUAGUAAACCAGUACGAUUCUCUCUCCGCGAGUUUGCCAUCGUCACUGGGUUUUUCUAGACACACAGCUUGCUGGUGUUGACUUCUGCAAAUCUAUAUGUUGGAUAAGUUAUCCUUGCUAGCAAAGUGCAAAGAGUAGCACUAAUGAUCUAUGAAGAAAAUGUGGGCAUGUUUGAAUCUUUAUAUGGCAGUUUUGGUUAUGUUAUCAGCUUUCCCAUUUAAUAUGUUUAUGGAUCUGUAUUUUCUACGCUCUUUUUCAUGAACUCAAUGUUGUUUUGAUUUGUUUUCGUUCGGUUUGUGUGAUUCUUCGACCUUCCGUUUGUUUUCAACUAUGUUGGAAUGUUUGUAGUUUGACUGAUGGUUCUUGUUGUUAUUACACCGUUAACCAUCAUGUAAGUUGGAUAAAUAAAACCCAUAACUGUGUUGUUAUUAUACAGCUAACCGUGAUGUUAGUUGGAUUACUGAAAAUAUAUAACCGUAAUUGAAUUAUACAGUUAAAUAUAAUGCUAGUCAGAUAGCUAAAUACUUUCAAAAGCAUAUGUUGGUUGGGUACAGAUCAGUGGAGAAGAAACAAUUUGUGCCACAAUGUGAGAAAUCAAAUGUUAUAUUAAUCAAGAAUCAAUUAGCUUAUCAUUUUGCGUACGUGUUUUUUCAAUUUUCUUGACUUGUUGUAUUGUGUAAAUAUCAUUUAUCAUGACUGGUUGUAUUGUAUAUAUAUAUAACCAAACUUGUACAUAUUAAAUUAAUUUGUUACAUACACGAUCACAAGAAAGUUUAACCAUGUAAAAAAUCUUAAACAACGCUAAAAUAUCAGAUAUGUUUCAUUCUUACGCUUGCAUAUUUACCUUCCUUAUUUUGCUACUACUUUUAUCAUUCACUCAUCUGUUCAAAUCAUCUUAUUUUUAAAUUUUAAGUACUAUUAUUUAUUUAUAUAAAUAUAUUUUUUUUCUUAUUUUACUUGAUAUUUUCUGAAUCAAAUGAAUAUAAUAUAAUAAUACAUUUUGAAAUAUAAAAUUCACUAUGUCUUAGGAUUUGGUUGCUUCCCUCCCACUAAGCAAAAUUGCAACUUCACGACUGAUUCCUUCUUCCCUUUCUCUAAAAAAUUGUCUUUCCUUACUUGAUCCAAUCGAUCUUUUGUUUAAUCAUUUCCCGAAGACACAAUCUCGAGAUUGAUUUCUUUCUUUCUCUCGGUGUUUUAUUUUGGUCCACGCGCCCACAUGCGUCUUUCUCGUGUCUGAUCUGGAUUUAGAUCACAAGAAUCUCUCUCUCCUUCUCCUUCUCUCCUAUGAACACAAAAAAGAAAAAAACAAUACAGAAGACACGAAGCUUUAGAGUGGACAAUGCUUCAAGCUACGGAGUAAGACGUGAUUCUCUUUCUUGCGAAGCAAGUUAAAAGGUUAGAAAUUUCCAUUUCUCUCCGUUGAUUCCAAUUAAGGUUUAAACUUUCUCAAGAAGGGGAUUAGGUUGAACCGUGUUCUAGUUUGACUUCAAAUCAAGAAACUUUGAUCCUGUUUCCGACUUGACCCGACACCAAAGUUAAGACUUUGAUCCAGUUUCUGAUUGACCCGACUCUAAAGUUGAUGUUUUUUUUUUAUCCAGCGUUGAGGCUUUUGAUCUGAAAAUGGAAGGCAUUGAUGUUUCCAAGUACACACACAGCCCCGUGCACCGAGCCGUUGCUUCAAGAGACCACGCGACUCUCAGAUCAAUCCUCUCUUCCCUCCCAAAGCCACGAGACCCUUCCGAGAUCCAAUCAGAAUCAGACUCCUUAUCCGAGGAAGCUACUUCCGACGCCAUCUCCUCGGUUAUCGACCGAAGAGACGUGCCACGCCGCGACACGCCGCUUCAUUUAGCGGUGAAGCUCUGUGAUGCAACAUCAGCCGAGAUGCUGAUGGUUGCCGGAGCUGACUGGACUCUGCAGAACGAAGAUGGCUGGAACGCGUUGCAAGAAGCUGUCUGCAGCAGACAAGAGUCUAUCGCCAUGAUCAUCGUGCGUCAUUACCAGCCUCUAGCGUGGGCUAAAUGGUGCAGGAGGCUGCCUCGUUUGGUAGCGACGAUGAGGAAGAUGAAAGACUUUUACUUGGAGAUGAGUUUUCACUUUGAGAGCUCUGUUGUGCCUUUUGUCUCAAAGGUCGCUCCUUCUGAUACUUACAAGGUGUGGAAAGUGGGGUCGAAUCUGAGAGCGGAUAUGACUAUGGCUGGCUUCGACGGUUUCAAGAUCCAGAGGUCUGAUCAGAGUAUACUGUUUCUUGGCGAUGGGUCUGAAGAUGGGAAAGUUCCUCGUGGUUCGCUUUACAUGGUGAAUCAUAAGGAUAAAGAAGUGAUGAAUGCGUUGGACGGUGCGUCUAGCGUUGCCUCGGAUGAAGAUGUGAAGAAAGAAGUGGCUGCGAUGUGUAGGAGCAAUAUCUUUAGACCGGGGAUCGAUGUGACGCAAGCGGUUUUAAACCCGCAGACGAAUUGGAGGAGGCAGGAGAAGAGUGAGAUGGUUGGUCCUUGGAGAGCUAAGGUCUAUGAGAUGAACAAUGUGGUUGUUAGUAUCAAGUCUAGAAAAGUUCCUGGCUCAUCGGGUGAUAAAGAGAACGGUGGUGGUGGUGGUGAUGAUGAGCUCUGCGAUGUGCUAACGGAUGAAGAGCAGAAGCAGCUAGAGGCUGCUCUUAAGCUGGACUUACCAGAGUUCCCAAAUGUGGAUAGUGAGAAUGGUUUUGUUGAGGCUCCUUGUGUGGAUUCUAGUCCGUCUCACAAGAAACAGGAGAAGAAAGGGUGGUUAGGUGGUUGGAGAAAGAAAGAGGCGACAAUGAUUAAGCAGGAGAAGGAGAUUAAGUACGCGCCUCCGAGAAGCUCUCUUUGUGUGAAUGAGAAGGUAAGCAAUCUUCUAGGAGACACUAAUCAGAUAAAACCAGGAAGACACUCGGUAGAUAAUGAUCAUAUCAGGAAGCCAAGAGUGUCUAGUAAGAGUCACCAAGAGAGCGAAUACAAGAAAGGUUUGCGUCCUGUGCUCUGGCUAUCUACAAACUUUCCGUUACAGACAGAAGAGCUGCUUCCUUUGCUUGACAUACUCGCAAACAAAGUCAAGGCUAUUCGGCGUCUCAGGGAGCUUCUUACCACAAAGCUUCCCGCAGGAACGUUUCCAGUAAAGGUUGCUAUUCCAGUGGUACCGACGAUAAAAGUACUUGUGACAUUCACAAAGUUCGAAGAAGUUGAUCCUGCAGAUGAGUUUAAGACGCCUCCCUCAAGUCCUACUGCUACUUGUGGCUAUGAGAGUCCAGCUGACUUCACCAACAACGCAUCAUCGUCCUCUUGGUUUCGUCGAGCUAGGUCAAACAAAGAUGGUUCUAGCAGAAAGUCUCAAACUAUGCAAGACCCAUUUGCUAUCCCGGCAGGCUAUACGUGGGUCAGUGGUGAAUCAAAGAAAAAGAAACCAGAUACACAGAAAGUCAAAAAGGGUAAAAAGACAGAGCAAGUUAGCUAAAUUCACUUUAAUACUAACCUACUACUACACAGAUUGAUUGGUCAUGAAAAGACAUUGAAGAAAGAGUUAUGCUUUUUGGGUUUUGAAGCGACACUCCCACUUGCAGUCUGCAAAGAGAAAGGCAAUAUAACAAAACACGGAUGGUGAUGCGAUUUGAUUCAACUUUUGAUUCUUUUGUAACAUAAAAUUUGCUAUGAGUUUGGUUUCUUUUCGAUUGGCUUUAUUCCUUUUAUUACUUAUAUGUGGUUAAAAGUGUGAUGUAUGUUGAUGUUGCUGAGACCUGCAACCACGAUCAAAUGUUAUAUGUUUAUUUUGUCACAAUAAUAAUAUCUUGCGGCUA